GGAAUACGUUGCUGAAUUUAGGCCAGUGUAUUCAGUAUUCAGCCGUCGCUACCAUUUCAAAGCAGCUCAAGCCUGUUUAAGAAAAGGUACAAACAUGUACAGCCUGGAAAAACUUAUUAAAAGCAGUUCAACUGGACCUUAAAACCGCUGCUGUGCCUCUGGAGUUGAGUGCACACUGCUGAACGGACAGUGGACCUUUUCUCAGUCUCACUGCUGCGGGUAAUGACCAGUCGCGUCCUCACCACGCCCCCAGCAGAGCUACACGAAGCUGAUGCUCUCGCGCUCCCAAAGCACGAGUCAAAGCGAAGCCUCGCUUUUCCCAAAGCAAUGACUGUGAAUGAAACACUGCAUCAAACGCAGGGUGGGCUCUCUCUCCCCUCGCGCCUCUUGCCGGCCACGGGGAACGACACGCGCGCGCUCCUCUUCAACGCCACGAGCGCGGGCGUGCAGGAUGACUUGGACGUGAACACGGACUUGUACUCCCGAGUGGCGGUGACCGUCCUGUACACACUGCUCUUCGCUCUGGGCUUCUUCGGGAACUCCACUGUGCUGUACAUAUUCCUCCAGAGGAGGGCGGUGAGGUGCCUCCAGGGCGCCGUGCACUACCACCUGGCGAGCCUCGCCGUGUCGGACCUCUUCGUGCUCGUGCUCUGCAUGCCCGUCGAGCUCUACAACUUCAUCUGGAUCCACCACCCGUGGGCGUUCGGCGAGGCCGCCUGCAAGGGCUACUACUUCGUGCGGGACGGCUGCUCGUACGCCAGCUCGCUGAACGUGGCCAGCCUGAGCGUGGAGCGCUACGUGGCGCUGUGCCACCCGCUCCGGGCCAAAAGCAUGCUGUCGCGCGGCCGCACGCGCCGGAUCAUCCUCGCGCUGUGGGCAGCGUCGCUGCUGCUCGCCUCCCCGAUGCUGCUGACCAUGGGAGAGACGCACGUGGGCGAGGAGAGCAUCUGCACCACGAUCGUGUCCUCCGGAGCAGCCAAACUCGUGCUGCAGGUGAAUGCUCUUCUCUCAUUCGUUGCGCCAAUGCUGGUCAUCUCCCUGAUGAAUGGACUGAUUGGAAGGCAACUCCAGCAAACAUCCCAGCAGACCUUGCUCCUUUCCUUUGGUUAUCCAACAAGUAGCAUCACGAUGGAGACUGGCCGCGUACGAUCACUUCACCAUGGAGUUAAAGUCCUACGCGUGGUGGUCAUCGCCUUUGUGGUAUGCUGGCUGCCAUACCACACCCGUCGCCUCAUGUAUUGCUACGUCACAGAGUGGACAAGUGAACUGUAUGAUUUUUACCACUACUUUUACAUGGUGACCAAUGUGCUCUUCUACGUGAGUUCGGCCAUCAACCCCAUCCUUUAUAACUUGGUUUCGUCCAAUUACCGCCAGAUCUUUUUAUCUACCCUCAGCUACUUCUGCUGGACUUGCUCUAGAAAGGGGAGGGAAUAUGCAAAUGGACGGAGCAUACAGUUUCUUCAAGCUCCGGCAACUUUGGUCACGCCUCGCAACAGCCAACAUACUCUCUGUACCACAGAUGUGAUGGAGAUGAUAAACUGAUGUGAAAUUUGUCUUAAGAACUUGACACUCAGCUGCACAAGUGUCAAAAUAUGCUUUUUUGUUAAUUCUGUGGGUCUGUUCACAGUUCAACUGGAAUUGCUUGUCAGGAUGACGACAGAUGAUAGUCUCUGUAAUGACAUUACAAUGACAAUGAUGCAAUGACAUGUUAAAGGUAUGGAAAGCACCUCCUUUUCUCAGUUUCUACGCUCACUGUCCAUUUUAUCAGCUCCUCUUCCUGUAUAGGUGCACUCUGUAGUUCUACAGU